CUCCAUUAUUUAUCUUUACAGCUUAUAACUUCGUUAUUGUAUAAAAGCAGUACCUGUUAAAAGGAUUUAUUAAUGGGCGAAUUAUAUUAUCUUUUGUAUAAAGAGUUGGUGUGAGUUCUAUUAUAUUACUUUUGACGCAACACCAAUUACACUACACCAUUAGUAAAAUAUGUCAGAACAGAUGGAAAGUGGACGUCCAAGGGAAUCUCGUGUUCCUGAACGCGAAACUGCUAGAAAUGGCUAUCGUUCCCAACAAAACCCGGAUCGGAAUUGGCACAGAGAAAGUGGAUACAUGAGAAAACGCGAUUGGCAUGACAAUCGGACGAAAAAUGAUACAGACGAAAAAAACCGUUUUAACGAUGAACACAGAUACCACAGGAAUUCACCACCUCGGCGAUCAUAUGAACGUAGUAGUGGUCGUCGUCGAGAGCGAGAUUGGAGUCGGGAAGGUGAACGCGAACAUGAUCGCAACCACAGCUCUUCACCCAGACGGCAUCGCCGAUCAAAUCAUGACACAGAGCCGCCAAGACUAAACAAAAAGAACGUAAUUCCCGACGUACAUCAAGAACCCAAGCGCAACGACAAACCUCCGGAAAUUGAAACAGCAGCGCAACCGAUUAAUAAUCAGCCAUCAGACAACAAAAAUGAAGAGACGUCACUUACACCUUCCGACGAAUUAGAAGAUGUCAGCGCCAUCAUGGGUUUCACAUCUUUUGGAACUACAGCUGGCAAGAAACACGGUGACAUUGGCGCCGUCUUCAAACAGAAAAAAACGAAAUAUAGACAAUAUAUGAACAGAGAGGGUGGUUUCAAUCGCCCUCUUGAUCGCGAGUAAUUUACUCCUGCGAAACCGAAAAAAAACAGAGAACACAAUUACUAUCCAUCCUCGCUAACAGGCUCACAACACAAACCCAGAAAACCGUGUCUCACUCAACAAGCUGGCGUCUGUCACGUGCAACCCAAUCCAGAAAAAUGGACCCUGAUCAACGAUGAAUGAUCUGUCGCAAACUCUCCACAUUUGCGAUCGUCGGUUGAGAAAAUCCCCACAAUGCCGAUCAAAGAUCGCUUGUAAAUCACCAAUAGAUUUUCAUUGAGAUCUACAAAAGUCGAUCCCCAGUUUUUUAGAGCGAAAGUGUAAUAUCAUCUAGUGAGCGACGGGGAAAAUAGCAAUUCAUAAUCCAACAACGCGUUAGGAAACCAAAUGUUGCAUUGCUUCUGUU